UUGAGAAUGAAUUUUACGAACUUGAAGAUAACUUAGAAUUUAUAGACAAUGAAGAAAUAGAUAAGAUCGAAACUUUUCCUACUGAACCUAUUCUUGGGUCAGAUUUGGAAGGAGUUGAAUAUUAUAAGAAUCCAUUAUCAGAUUAUGAAAAGGCUAGAAAUAAUCCUAAAGGCACUGAUAAUGUACACAUAACCUUUGCUUAUCUCGAAUUUAAUUAUACUAUUAAUGCUGAUAAUAUAAAAUUUACUCUAUCUUUUCGAAAGUUUGAUGAAGCUGUAAUGUUUGAAAUAGAACAUGCCAUUGUACAUGAACAUUCUGGCAUGCAAUCUACACAACGUGUUGAAUCAAUUAAUUCAGUUAUUCAUAAGACAGUAGUGUCUAGUUCUAUUAUAUUUAAUGUAAAUGAGGCUAUAGAUAUUUGGAUGCAAAAAGAAGCUUUAAAUAAAAGUUUUUUAGCAUGGAACAUCCAGAAAGAUGAUGAAAUCAAUAUUACUGAAGAAUAUUAUGAUUUUUAUCAAUUAUAUUUAAAUGCAUUAUUAAACUCAAUUCUAAGAGAAUCUAUUAAGAAAAAAGUUCAGGUUCAGUAUCAAGUGCAAAAAAAAAUGAAUUAUAGUAGAAUAAUAGGUUAUUUUAAACAAGUAUUAAAUUAUUCAUUAGAUAAUGAUGAUGAGAAUAAUUUAGAUGAUCUUAUAUUAUCUUAUAUUGUUAAAAAAGUUGAAGAAUAUGAAGCUAAAGAUCAUUCUACCAUUAUUGAAGUAUUUCAUCCUUCAAAUAAUACUGUGAAGUUGCAUAAUGAGCGGGUUUAUAAUGUAAAUAAUGUUAAAGAUCCAACUAUUUGUUGUGGUAAAGGUAAACCUCCUAAUAAAUGA